UAUUAUGUGAUCAUCCACCACUGUUGUCUUCCAUGGAAGUCCAGGUCUUUUUGCGUUGCUGAGUUCACCAGUGCUUUCUUUCUCUCUCAGGGUGUACCAAACUGUAGAUUUUGCCACUCCUAAUAUUGUAGCAAUUUCUCAGAUGGGUUUUUUCUGGUUUCGAAGCUUAAGGAUGGCUUGUUUCACCUGCAUGGAGAGCUCCUUUGACCCCAUGUUGUCUUCACAGCAAAAUCUUCCAAAUGCAAGCACCACACCUCAAAUCAACUCCAGGCCUUUAAUAUGCUUAAUUGAUAAUGACAUAACGAAGGAAUUGCCCACACCUGCCCAUGAAAUAGCCUUUGAGUCAAUUGUCCAAUUUCUUUUGGUCCCUUUUAAAAGAGGGUGGCACAUGUUAAGGAGCAGAAUGUGGAUACCCUCAAAUGAAAGCUGACAGUCUGCACUUUAUGUCCAUGUCCAUUAUUUAAGUAUAAUGGGAAUAUGUUUCAGUAAACAGGUAAAAAAACAAAACUUGUGUCAGUGUCCAAAUAUAUAUGGACCUAACUAUACAACAACUCUCAAAGACACAGCGGUGCUGCGGAGGGGAUUCAGCUCAUGACUGUAUAUGGGGGAUGAUAGGUUGAGACAUGUCACGUGGGUGGGACGUUGCCAAUGUAAAGCUAGCACACAUUUCCGAUAUGACACAUCAGCAGCAAAUCUGGAUCAGCUCGUUUGUACCCCCGUUUUUAGAGAUGUGAGUAAGGAGUAAAGGGAGAGGGUUGUAUUUUCUGACACUGUGAGUCUCUUUACACACCGGGGACACAUAUUUCUGUAUAAAAGACAGCAGAAAGUGCAUUUUGCAUAAUAGGGGACCUUUAAGUUAUCUAUGGGAGUAUGCAAAUAAUCCAGAGGCUGUGAGCAAGGAGAUUUUGAAAGGUACAUUUUAAUAUGAGAAGAUGAAACCUUUGGCCCAGACAGACACAAACACUCAGCCAAGACUGUUAUUGAGCAAGAGGUAACCCUGCACAAAGUGUGUAUUACUGGUGUGUAGGGACACAGAUUUCACAUUAAUUAUAGUUCAUGCAACCUCUUAUUAAAGCACCACUCUGAUGCACACAUACACUCACAGGUCCUGUCACUGUAUCUCACUGAACAUUCCCUCCACAGCUUGUGUUGCUGCCUGUUUGAAAGCGGCUCAGUAAUCCUGGAUCGGAGAGCACAAAGGGCCCCAGAGUGCUGGUGAUGUAAGCACUGUUUCCGUUGCUUACCCCCCCCCCCCACCACCACCACCACCACCCCAAACCACUCUCCCUUAUCCCACAUGCUGCCUGCGCAGGGGAUGAGGUGGAACAGGGUGGGACGUCCCCGUUGUGGAGAAUCCUGAAGAGGCAAGCGGUAAUAGCGGCAGGCUAACAGCAGUCUGUGUGCUGCCUCAGGGGCCCGCUGCUGAUGACCUGGGACCCAGUGGGAAAGGAAAAAGUGUUGACCAAAUCGCUGUACAGGAAUGUGGCUAAGCUGUGGGGAGUGUUGCAUCGGCUCAGUGUGACCAGGAGAUCAGAAGGGACUUUUACUGCCUCUUUACUACACUUUCCUCAGAAGGCCACGUUGCCAUAGGUUUGUGCUCUCUAAGUUCCUCAAUGGACUCGAUGCAGGACUCAAGUCACACCAUGGGGGGCCUGAAUGCCCGCCUGAAGGGCUUCUUGGAGCAGGUGAAGAGGCUCCAGGAGGCCAACCAGCGGCUGGAAGCUCAGAUCGCAGACUGGGGGUCCAGGAGUACAUCGCGCUCCCAGGACUGGACCCAGCAGGAACAGACUGUCAACGAGCUCCGUGCCCAGGUUGGUAACCUACUGAUGGAGAAUGCCCAAUUGGCAUUACAGUCUGAAAGCAUGAAGUCCAGAGCUGCUGCCAUCCAGGCCAGGUGUGAGAUGGAGGAGAUUACAACCAUGCGUCUGGAGCAGCAGGUGGCUGUGCUCAGGGAGUCCAAGAGGAAGGCAGAUCAGAGCAGCACGACCCUGCAGGCAGACCUUUGUCACUCCAUGACGGAUCUGCAGGAGAUGCACCGGGAGUUUGAGGCAGCCCAGGCUCUGCAGCUGCAGCGGGCCGGCUCCUGCGAUGUUCUGUUAGCCACAGCAGCAGCAGCAGCAUCAGCAGCAGCAGCAGGGGAGGUGGAGGAUGGCACAGCGAUGGAGCUCACCCAGCUCCUCGACCGAAUCAGAGCGCAGUGCGGCCGGGGCAGAAGUCCCAGCCUGGGAGACACGUCCAAUCCGCUCCCUGGCUUCGCUGGGCCCAGCCACUCUGGAGCAACAGCAUCCAGGACACACGCAGGAGUUCUCAGUGAGGAAGAGGCAGCAUGGGCGCAGGUGAGCCUCGGAGGCGCCGCCCUGAAGGAGGCCCGGGUGGAGCUGGCUGAGGCCCGGAGGCAGUGGCACUCCCUGCAGGUGGAGAUUGAGACCCUGCAUGCCUUGGAGAAAGGCCUGGAGAGCUCUCUGCAGAACACCCAGCAGAUGUACUCCAGCCAGCUGCAGGACCUCUCCCAGGUGAUCGCUGGGCUGGAGAGCGAGCUGGAGCAAGUGAGGAACGGCCUAGCAACCCAGCGUCAGCGCCACAGCCAGCUCCUUAACACCAAGAUGAGGCUGGAGUGCGAGAUUUCCACUUACAGACGUCUGCUAGAGCGGGAGGAGGGCAGGCACAUGGGCCGUAAUGGGCAGCCAAUGGGUCUGCGUCCCUGGAGGUUUUCCAUGGAGGAACCUAAGGAGAACGGGCUAGAGAAUGGCUUCAGUGACCCGGCUGUUACUCCCGACGAACCAAAGUCCGAGCCCCUGCCUGAAAUACCUUCACUCCUCCCUGAGAGUGGACUAAAGAAAAGCAUACUGCGAAGACAGCAAAGCCUUGUGAUUCUCACAGACCCAGAGCAAGAUCAAGAUUUGCCAAUCUCCACUGUGAAGACUCAGGAGAUUCUUCAGGGCAAUGUGGUGCGGGAGAGUGCAGAGGGCCACGGCACCAUUGAGACAGAAAAGAUUGACAAAGUGAUAAAGCAGUGGGAGGGCUCUUUCUUCAGAGGGAAUCCAAAGCUGCGCAAAAAAUCUGUGUCGCUGCGCUUCGACCUGCACAUGGCCGCAACCGACGAAGGCUGCGCGCAGACUAAACAGGACAGCCUCCACGACGUGGAGGUGCGUCUGAUCAUGAAGAGAUCUCGCAGCAUCCCGACCAUCACACAGUGACUUGCAUCGCUCUGCCACAUCAGCACUGUUAUGUUGUACCACGGGUUAUGUUGAAGUUACAGAAAUAAGUGACACCUGGGAUGAAACCUCCCAUUGCCAUGCUUAAAAAGGUAUUUCAUAUGACAACAUUCAUUGAUUUUCACUUCAAAACUGACUCAGAUCUCCUCAUCAAAUGUUGCAGGAUUAGCAUAAUGCAUCAGGCUUUUGUAAUGGGCGAUUUAGUGUCAGAAAUCCACAUGACAAAAAAAUAUCGGACCUAAAUUCACUCCCUUGAAGAGGAUAACAAUUGCAUUUAUUCUUUGUCAUCUUUCUAGUUGCCUAAAAAGCCUCACAAUACUUUCAUUGCUCAGUAUGAGGUCACUGUACAAAAGAGAUUAUAUAUUAUAUUACUCUGCCUAACUUCUUCAUUUCAUUAUACAUGUGUGGAGUCACAGACUAUGAGCUGCUGUGAAGUAAACGUGGAUUCUUUGGGGGGUUUUUCUUUAAGGGACUGUAUGAGCAUUUUAAUGAAAAUAUUAGUGGAGGGGUUUGCAAUUGAUUAUUAAUUUGUCACUAUCCAAUAGCAACUCCUACUUUCACUUCAAUCUGCGUCUCCAUGGAGAGCCUAUAAAUAUAGGGUUAUGUGCCAUAUAAAGUAAUAAUGAAUACAAAUGUGAUGUCAUCAACAGCAAUUCGGCCAUCUUUGGAGGAUACCAGCGAACGAAAAAAACCAUGGACUUAAACUAACCAAAGCAUAACUCUUUCAAACCUUUAAACAUGGAGGCAGCGUUAUCAAUGGCUGUAAAUAAAUAACUCUCAUGACAAACAAACCAUGGGAGUAUAUUUUAUAUUUUUAUAGCAAAAUUGAAAAGAAGAUGACGUAGCAAACAUCAGCAAGAAACGCUGACUGUGUUGAAUGGGAGCCUUCUGCAGACUGUUUGAGAACUUUUGAGAAUUGCUUAAAUACGGUAACAUAAACCACUUCACAGGGGAUACGAGUUUAAACAUUAACGACGCAGUUUACAUAAAUAUAUUGGUAUUUUAAUAUGCAUGAUUAGCCGUGGUUUUAUCAGCAUUCAGUUAGCCUAACGUUAGCUAUCUUACCUCUGUCCGAAUGAUUGUAGUUAUCCUUAAAACUAUAUUUGAAGGUCCUGUAUCCACUAGGGAUGUAACGGUUCACAAACAUUUCGGUUCUGUCCAUACCUCGAUUUUUAGGUCACGGUUCGGUACGUUUUCGGUACAGCAGAAAAAAUUAUCACAAAACAUAAAAUAUUUUUUGGGGUUUUUAAUUAUUAUUAAACUGUGAAUAUUCUCUCAAAUAAAUACUAAACACAAUAAAAUAAACAUUAAGGUGCAGCAUUUCGAAAAUGAACUGUACUGUACUUCACAUAAGCAGCUUGACAUUAGGACUUGUGGUCAGCUUGUACAUUCAUUGUAUUUUCAUAUUUUUUUCAGAAAGAUUCACUUGUCCACAUUGCUUGCAGAAAGGUCAGAUAUCUGUUGUGACUGGAAUUGUGUUUCCUGGCCUCUCCAACUUCCAUUCUGACACUACCUGCUUCAGUAUCUCUGCCAGAUGUAUGCUUGUGUGAUGUUCGUAAAUGGGGAGAGUUUGCAGGACGUGGCUUUGCAUGUUCCAGUGGCAGUCGGGUGUAAUGUAGUGCGCGGUUACUGUUAAAUAACUCUCGGUGGCCCUAGAUGUCCACCCAUCGGUCGUUACAGGGAUAGAAGAUGCUUUGGAUAGGUCGUGGACAACUGUCGUUUGUACUUUAUUGUAAAGUGCUGGUAUCACUUCUUGGCUGAAGUGCGGACGAGAGGGAUCCUCGUAACGAGGCUCAACCACUCUCAAGGUGUUUAAACCCUGUAUUCUAUUCCCUAUAUUGCAGCCCAUUUUAAGAUACAGACCCUCCGUAUCCAUCUCAUGCAGCUCGCUAAUCCAGUAAUGAGUGACCCGACAGACAACAGAGAAUAAAGGUAUUCAUAACUAGCUCAUUUUGUUGGAGAGGUAGAUAAAAUAGCUACAUGUGUAUGGUCUAUCUUGAAGUGUGUGUUUUGCUCGCCUCACCGGUCCGUACCGCGGCGGAGCUGCAGGUGAUCGGGCGGAGCUGCGUGUUCUCGGUCAGCAGCAGCUGAACCUCUCGCGUCAGAUUAUUCUUCACUCGCGUUCAUGUCCAUAUCGAUCAGCGCUAGCUCGUUAUAGCUAAUGGUAUGACUGCCUGCUCAUCAAAGGACACCUAAACAAUAAGCGUUGCUUGGGAACGGGGUGUAGCGCCAAAUUACAGCGGCGCUGAGUAGCAGAGUGAGUUCACAGGUGCUUGUCAUCUUCCCUUUACACGCUUCAAAAAUGUAUAUGUCGUGUGAAUUUGGCAAUAAAAGUGUCAUAUUCUGAAAGCCAAUACUUUGUUUAUUUAAAAUCAGACAAAACACCUGAACCCUAGUUUUUUUCUCAAAUCCAGGUCUAUCUGGAAAUGAGCUGUUGCGACUUCCAACUGAUUUCGAUAGAGCGGGUCACAUAUUCGUUCAGUACACUUCGGUACACACGUCUACCGGACCGAAGGGCCCAUGCCGAAUAUUUUCGGUACGAAUACGUAUACCGUUACACCUCUAGUAUCCACCCAUUAAAAUUGACAUCGGCCUCCAAUUAUUAAAUAUUUUUUAAAUUGCCGACAGGUGUAGGCACUAGCAACAGUGAUCAGUUCUUUCUUCUCUUCAUAAGUAAACCGAUCUCAAUAAUGAACCACAUUUCUUUAUUACUAGCACUCAUCUGUUUCUGCCGAAUGCUUUACUUUGUAAGGGAAUUUAUACUUUGUGCAUACUUUAUUCAAACCAGAUGACAGCUGACAGCUAUUGACAGCUUGCUACCAUUGCUACAGACGUUAUCCUUCUAAGAUGGCCACGACGCCCGCAGUUCCCAAUCCCUAUAGAGAUAGUUUUAGGUUUAAAAUAAAUAAUGGGUAGGAUUUUCAAGAAACCGAAGACAAUAUUGUGUUGUGUCCGUAGCUACAUUUUAAGCAGUCUUUGUUGAACAAUUGUCUCCUAAUCAAGUGGAAGGUCUAUUAAAAGUAUCAAUAAUGCUGUAAAGGGCCAUGCUUUUUUCUGAAACACUAUAUUCCCACCCAAAUAAUUUCCCCACAGUCCCUAAAUGCUUGCACUGCAGACACAAAGCACUUAAAGGAGCGUCAGCACUGAGACAAAUCCAGAUUGUGUGUACUUUGAGGGUCUUUUGUUAUUUUAGCUCAUUUGGUUUGAGUUUUGUUUGUUCUGACACUUUUGCAGCUCAAACUGAUACAUUAUAGCAAACAAAGAACACUGCUCACUGUGAGCACUCACCGUGUCUCAGAAAAUUCAGAUUCCCUGUCUUAACCAGAGGAGGGCAGUAUUUGUAAAUAGUUAACACUGCAGUGUGUCUGCAAAGCGUAACGCGGGUUGUGUAGCACAUGCUGUUACACUUUUAUGUAGUUUUUAUGCUACAUUUUGAGUUGGCACCAAAGAUAAUAAGAUGCCUCAGAAUAUAUUGAGAUUAUUUCAAUUGUGCUUGUAUUUGCUUUGCUUCAUAAGGAACACUUCAGUUUAGGAGUUCUGUACCUUCAGAAUGAAGCAUUGUGCUUUUAUCUAACAAUUUAUCAUUUCAAAUAAAAAAUCAAUAUGUGCA